AUGACAUCUUUCGGUGCAAAGAUUGAUAACUCUAUCAAUAACGGAACUGGCCCAUACCUCUUUAGAAUUGAAGGACAAAUACAUCAUUGGUUAGGGACCUUAUGUCCUCCGGCUAAUGAGAAACCUCGAUUUUUACAAAUGUAUAUUUAUGACACUGAGAAUGAAGUCUCUAACACAUUACAAAUCUUCAGUGACAAUACUCGAUCUCAACUAUCAGCUAACUUUGUCUCCCUUAUUACAAAUGAACUACAGGAAUGCAAUGAGUUAGUAAAACUUUUUCAUACCGCUAAGGAUCUCAUUCAUUCAACUGACGUGCCAAACUUUUGUAUCCGUUUAUAUGCGUCACAUCAACAAUUAUGCUACGAUAAACCCUUUGCUGGUUGCAUCGGAGCAAUUGUCAAUGACAAUGACUGCUUCUCUAAUAGCUUUGACAUCAUCAUACGUAACAAAGAUAGUGGUCCUCAACGUAUCAACAAACUACACCCUAUGUACAUGUCAUUGCAAUAUCCAUUAUUGUUUAUAUAUGGUGAACCUGGAUGGUCUCCUGAUAUGGGUCUAACUACACCUCCAGACGCUAAAGAGAGAAGUUUGUCAAUGAACAUGCUUAACCAAGACAUAUUUAGAACCAAGCAUCUUCAAGGGAUUCAUGAUGCUAUCUUAAAGGGAGACCACGACAGGCGUGAUAUUGGGAGAAGAAUAAUUUUGCCAUCUUCCUUUACAGGAGUCCCUCGGUAUAUGUACAAGCAUUAUCAGGAUGCUUUGGCAAUAUGCAGAGUCCAUAGAAACCCACAAUAUUUCAUCACUUUUACAUGUAAUGUAACAUGGUGUGAAAUUCUGAGAUAUAUGGCUCAGUAUCCUUUGCUCAAAGCCCAGGACCGUCCAAACAUUAUAGCAAGAGUUUUACAUAUAAAAGUUAACUCACUACUUAAUUUCCUGAAAACAAAGAAACCAUUUGUUGAGGUCGCUGCAGAUCUAUAUACCAUCGAAUUCCAAAAAAGAGGCCUACCCCACUAUCAUCUGCUGUUAUGGGUUGUCCCUUCACAGAAGAUUAAAGAUGCCGAAGAUAUAGACAACUACAUUUCAGCUGAAAUUCCCGAUCCAUUACUUGAACCCAAACUAUACAAAAUAGUUUCUGACUGUAUGAUGCAUGGUCCCUGCGGUCUUGCAAAUGUGAAUUCACCAUGCAUGAAAUCAGGCACUUGCUCCAAAAAGUUUCCAAAAAACUAUGAGCAAACUAUGUCGUUUGACAAAAACGGGUACGCUAGAUACAGGAUACAAUUGACACCUCAUUCUGUAGUCAAGAAUGGCGUCCCAUUAGACAACCAAUUUGUCGUGCCUUACAAUCGUACACUCUCUUUACAUUACGAGGAACACAUAAAUGUCGAGUAUUGCGGCUGGAGUAUGUUGAUUAAAUACUUAUUCAAGUACAUAUCCAAAGGAACUGAUCGCAUACGUUACGCAAUCACAAGAUCUCCUGCUCUACCUAAUGAACAUGCAACAAACAACAAUGUCCCACAAAUUGAUGAGAUAAGUAACUUUGUUGACGGACGUUUCAUAUGUCCCCACGAAGCCGCAUGGAGAAUAUUUAAUUUCCUAAUCCAUGAUAGAAAUCCGCCUGUGCAAGUAUUAUCAGUUCAUCUAGAGAACAUGCAAAACGUACGCUUCAAAGAUAAAGAUCGCCUACCUAAUGUUGCAAGGAAUCCAAACGUGGCAAAGACUACACUGACUGAAUGGCUUCGAAUAAUCAGAUGGAUUCGAGAGGUCGACACCUGCGUUACAUCGACUACCUUUUAG